UCUAUCACAUGAAAACGCCCGGUCUUAUUUGCCAAUGCAUAUGAAGAUCAAAUAUGCGUUGUUAACAUAAGCAGGGAGGCCUAUUUUAAUAAACUGUCAAAGGGCAAUGGGUCGCUGCUGGCGAUUGUUUCUCAAACUACAUGCAGUCGCGUUCGCUUCUUGAACGCACCCCGCUGAGUACCUCGAUAUUGUUCAAGGGGAAUAAUGGCUGCACAGGAGCAGUCUCCACCAUCUUCCCUGGAAGGCAACAAACCCGGCUUCCCAAAGAAAAUUUUGGCCAACAGCCUCGAGGACAAGCAUUUGUGCAACUCGUGCCAGAAAGUGUUGAGAAGGCCCUUGCAAGCCCAAUGCGGUCACCGCUUUUGUUCGUUCUGUUUCAACAAAAUUGUGAGUUCUGGGCCACAGAAGUGCAGCGCUUGCAUCAAAGAAGACUUGUUUGAGGAGCCCACCUCCAUUCUCAAGCAAGGCGGUGCUUUCCCCGACAAUGCGGCUCGGAGAGAAGUGGAGGCCUUGGCGGCCGUCUGUCCCAACGAAGGAUGCACGUGGACGGGGACCAUUAAAGAAUUUGAGGCCAGCCACGAGGGCAAAUGUGACUUCAUGAUCAUCCUGUGUCCGUCCUGCAAAGAGCUGAUGAGGGCCAACGAGCAGGAGCGCCACAACGAGAGAGAAUGUCCGGAGAGGACGCUCAACUGCAAAUACUGCAAGGAGCCCUUCCUGUUGAAGAACAUCAAGGCCCAUGAUGAAAUCUGUCCAAAGUACCCGAUGGUUUGCGAAGGCUGUGCGAAGAAAAAGAUCCCCAGAGAAAAGUAUGUGGACCAUAUUAAGUUCUGCAGUAAAUGUAAAGCACCAUGCAGAUUUCAUGUUGUUGGCUGCGAUACAUCUGUGGAGAAAGAGAAGCUCCACGACCACGAGCGGCAGUGUUCCUACGAGCACCUCAACCUGCUCCUGCACUUCAUCAUGGGCAUCAAGGUGAGCCUGGAGAGCCUGCAGCCCCAGAGCCUGGAGGUGGCCAGCCACAAGCUGCAGGAGCUCCACCAGUCCCUCAGGGACCUGGAGCUGAAGAUGAGCCAGAUGGGCGGGGCCGGGGGCGGGGCCACGGCCGGCGCUCCCGCACUGGGCGCGUGCGCCCCGACCCUGGCCACCUCCUUCACCCCGCUGCCCAGCGCCGCGCUGCAGCUCUGGAGUGAGAAAGCCAAGGUGGCCGAGCUGAGCCGGCGCUGCCAGGAGCUGGAGCUCAAAGUGGGCACGUUCGAGAACAUCGUGUGCGUCCUCAACCGGGAGAUGGAGCGCUCCUGCACCACCAUGGAGGCCUACAACCGCCAGCACCGGCUGGACCAGGACAAGAUCGAGAUCCUCAACAACAAGGUGCGUCAGCUGGAGAGGACGGUGAGUCUGCGGGACCUCUCCAUCGUGGAGAUGGAGGGGAAGAUGAGGGAGAUGUCGGCAGCCACGUACGAUGGCAUCUUUGUCUGGAAGAUCUCUGAUUUCACCAAGAAGAGGCAGGACGCCGUGGCGGGCCGCGCCCCCGCCAUGUUCUCUCCCGCCUUUUACACCAGUAAAUACGGCUACAAGAUGUGCCUGCGGAUCUACCUGAACGGAGACGGGACGGGCCGCGGCACCCACCUGUCUCUGUUCUUCGUGGUGAUGAGAGGACACAGCGACGCGCUCCUCAAGUGGCCUUUUAAUCAGAAGGUCACCCUGAUGCUGCUCGACCAGAACAACAGGGAGCACAUCAUCGAUGCCUUCCGGCCCGACGUCUCCUCCUCGUCCUUCCAGAGGCCCGUCAGCGACAUGAACAUCGCCAGCGGCUGCCCGCUCUUCUGUCCGCUCUCCAAGCUGGACUCCAAGAACUCCUACAUACGCGACGACACCAUCUUCAUCAAGGCCAUUGUAGACCUCACUGGGCUCUAGAACAGAUGCGGCCUGCAGUCUGACCCCAGUAGGUUGCAGCCUCUACGCUCCCUUUGCUCCCUCGUUGUUACGGAAACGUUGUCCUCCAUCCUUGUCCUCUUCGGGCCACGGCGUCGACAUUCCGCAGAGGACAUUGUUUGCUUAGUGUGACGUGGCCUCCAACAAGUCCUCUGCUACGUGCCGCCGUCGCAGCGCCACGUGGACGCUUUCUUUUGGCUCCUUCUGCCCCAUGCGGGCCGGGACUCAUCCGAUAGUCACAGCUGGCGAACAUUACAACUAAAAAGGGCUUCACAUUUUGUUCAUCCCCGUCUGCUAAGAUGGCCCUCGAAGGCAAACACACACACACACACACACACACACACACACACACGCACACAUGCACACACGCACACACGUUUUCCGCAGCUUGGGGUGCAACACAUUUGGAGCCCGGCAGAUGUUAUGCUGUAUCAGCGAUAUUGACUCUAAGGAGAUGCCACACUGCCUCACUGUUAUCGCAACAGAACAAACGACGUGUCAAUGUGACGUGCACAUUUCCAAUAGCAGUCCAACUGGAACUGGUUUGAUUCCUUCACAUAUCUGUUUUCUCUCUGAAGCCCGUGUUGAGAUUAGGAUGAGGAGCUUUUUCAUCUGUAGCAAUGACAUCAAACUGCAAAUCCGCUUGUUGUUCUCUCUGCUACGUUGGUGUGGAUAGUGACUCGUGUGUUCGUGAACUCUUUGUACUACCGGAAACUUUUGUUCCAUGUUUGUAUUUUGUUUUGUUUUAUUAAAGGUUUUAAGAUGCCCUCUA